UCUUAGAAAACAAAAUAUACUGUGGUAACAUUGUGUGUGUGAUUGAUUUCAAGAAAGACUAAAUUUUAGUUUUUUAAUGUAGGUUCUCGGCCAAUUUUUACAAUAAAAUGAUACCAAGCGUUGGUUUGAAGCAGGCUAUUGCCGCCCGAUGUUCACACUUAGCGAAGACGGCAACCCGAUGUUUUUCCAGUCAGCUGUGGCUUGCAGCUCCAUCGGUGCAUCGUUGUGGGGAGAGGCAAUUAAUACCGGGACCGUGUGGGGUCGCGGGAAGCACUUGGAAACGGAGUAUGAACGCAACUCUCACACCAUCAUAUAGUGGAGCACAAGUUUCGUUGGCACACGGACAGCAAUUAUUCGUGGCGACCUUCGAAACACGUCGAUCGUUCAACAGCAGCAGCAGUAGUGAUAGUGCCAUCGGAUCGCCACAAUCAGUUUCACCGGUUCCAGCAGCAGCCAAGAAGCGUAAAAUGGUCGUCAAACUAACGGAAGAACAACGCAAGGAACAGCUCCAGCCACUGCUCGACGCCGGAUGGACUCUGGUCAGCGGGCGGGAUGCUAUCUACAAGGAGUAUUUGUUCAAAAACUUCAACGAAGCGUUCGGUUUCAUGACUCGCGUGGCCUUGCUCGCCGACAAAAUGGAUCAUCAUCCGGAAUGGUUCAACGUGUACAACAAGGUGCAGGUCACUCUUGCCACUCACGAUUGCAGCGGUCUGAGUGAGCGGGACGUCAAGCUGGCCAAAUUCCUGGAAGAAGCCGCCAGCAAAUAUUAAGUGGAAAUAAAACUGAAACACAACGCAUUGAUAUUGUUGUAACUGUAUUUUAUCCUUAAGAUGUUAAUCAAAUCAGUCAAGAA